CAAAACUCUCCAUUCUUUCGGUAUAGGCUACUGUCCAUUUACCCGAUCUUUAAACCACAGCCAACUGGCAAUUUCGCGCCCCAAUGCCUCAAGAGACCCUCUUCACUGUAUGAUCAGAUCAAAUGGCUCCCUCGCAAAGUCCCUCCUCACGCCCCGGGGCGACGACUCACAGCCCCAGCCCGCGACCCUCACUCGACCUCUCUCCCAACUUCACAGACCCAUCCUUCGACCCCGCCGACUUCCUAAACGAUGCCCUCCCCCCGUUGACGCUGGCGUCAUCGCAAUCGCAACCCCCCCGAGGAGCAGCCACCACCGCUCCUGUCGCCCUCCCCGAAUUAUCCGCCCAAGUCCAGUCCGUUCUCUCGCAGGUCAAUGCGCAGAGCGCGCGGCACUCGACUAAGCUGACGCAGCUCACGGAUGAGAUACUGCGGAGUGGCGCGCGCCUUGCUUACGAGGUUGAGGUCCUGCGGGGUGAGACUGUUGGGCUUUCGGACACGUUGACGGAGACACUACAUGGGGAUAUUGGCAAGUUCGUCCCGGAGACUACUGCGCCUACAGAGACUGGCGCGCAAGACUCCGUGGAAACGGGCGAAGUGAGUGAGGCGCCCGGGGCGGGCAAAGAUGCUACGGUGCAAGACCCCGUCUACAUCACCAACCUACGGAUCUUGAACCGCGUGCGAGCGCGACUCGAAGAAGUGGUCCAGUCCUUUGGUGACGCCAUGGAGUGGCCGCUCCCGCCGUCGGAGACGUCGCUGACGUCGUCGUUCAUCUCUGUGUCUGCGCCCGAGCCUGGAACCGAGAGCCACAGCCGCGAGGAGAAGGGCCAGGAGGUGAUGAGGCAGCUGCGCGCGGAGGUGACGAGGCUGCUUGAUAGCGACGGUGGGGGCCAGGAGGGGAUCGACGCUGCUGCGCGACGGGUGGAAUCGCUUCGGGUUUUGGCGGCUAUGUGGAAGGGCACUGCUGAGGAGAAGGCCAGGACGCGGUUCGUGGAGAGUUUGGCGAAGACGGUCGAUGAUCGUCGCCAGGCUUUGGAGAGCCAGAUUCGGGCGGAGGAGGACCGCCAGCUGGCUGCUUCUUCUAGAGGACGACAGGCUGCGAGCCAUCGGCGCCAGGAGAGUGAGGGGCCGGCUGGGGGCAUUUUCCGUAAUUUACAACGGUUACGGGAGGAGAUAUACCUGGAAUGAAGCAUUGGAC